AGGUUUAGCGUCGACGAACAUGCGCUCCGUACCUGGUCAAGCUAGCUCGUCGUCAGAUGCUGUCCGCCGUUGUCGGCCCUGCGUGGUUGUUCACGGGCAAGUAUUGAAAAAGGUUUAAAUCCUAGGGCCUUGCCUACUUCCAAAAUCAGGUGGUGAUUCUCUGACUACGUAAUUUUGGUGCUGGAUAGCCAUUGCUAGUUUUCCUCAAAUGGUAAUGGAAGCGACAACAAUUCUCUCCCACUCCAAGACAGCCCCUUUUGGCUUAUCUGUUGUUGGCAAUGAGCAUUCUUUGAAACCUUUCAACCAAUAUUUCCGUGACCAUGCUGUUGCCAAUAAUAGUUUUCAGCGCCACUCAAAAUUAAAUCUUAAUGGUUUUCCGUUGAGUUGCACUUUUUAUCCAAACCCUUCAUCUGCAGUACCAAAACUAAGAAAAAGGAUUAACUCGUUAUCUUCUACCAGAUGCUCAGUUUCGAGUAAUGCCAAUUCUGAAUCACAUGGUCCAAUCCUGCAGUGCUUGACAAAUCUUUCCUUUGAUUCAAUAAAGUCAACCCUGCUACAAUUUACUCCCAUUGACAUUGUAAAGUGGUCUGGGAUAUUAUCUGUCAUAAUUGCAGCCUCAAAAUGGAUUCUGAAUGCACUAUUCAACCCCUUCUUCUGGAUGUAUUUGAGCUGGACUUGGUUGUUCUGGCCAUGGAUGGUGGCCCUAGUGGUUGCAGUUUAUGGGUUAUACAGUUUUUGGAAACAUCUUCAUGGCGAGGCAACCAUGUUUGAACAACUGGCUAUAGUUACUUCAGUUUUUACUUGGCUAACCCUUGUCCCUCCUGCGUAUUUCAAUGGCUACCUUGAAGGUUGGCCUUUUGUCUUGUUCUUUGUCUACCAUUACUUCUUUUUCUUCAGUGUUACUGUUCGAAAGCGAUUAUAUGGAGAUUAUUACAUGCGCCCCCACGACCCUAAAUGGGAUGUGAGCCUGCCCAUGUGGAAUCGCCUUUUGUUCAGUUUUGGCGUCAUGGUUGGCCAUUGGCUUGCAGCAUUUGAAGGGCCAGAGCUUCACCAAAUUCCAGGAGGGUGGAACAAUCUUGGUAUCUGGACAUUAAUUAUAGUAACUCUGCUGAUGCAGUAUAAUGCCACGUUGUAUCUGUCAAAGUAUUGUGAAAAAGUGGUUGUACCUACUGCUGUUGUGCAAUUUGGACCUUAUCGCUGGAUCCGUCAUCCCAUAUAUUCAUCAACUAUGCUUCUGUUUGUUACUUACUGCCUUGCCCUUCGAGCACCGUUGAGCCUGCUAUUUGUUGUGGUAGUUUGUUUGUUGUACUAUAGGCAGAAGGUAAUGCAGGAGGAGGCUUUGAUGGUUGAGGCUUUUGGGCAGAGGUACACAGAAUAUGCAAGCAAAGUUAGGUACAGGUUUAUUCCUUUUGUUUAUUGAUGGUUUCCCUGAUGCUUGUUAGUUAGCAAAAUCUCGUUUGAAUGUUCAGAUUUAGUUUGAAGUAAAACAGGACUGUGUUGUGGAUGUAAUGAGUCAUAAGGUGUGGCUGUCUGCCUUGUUCUCUGUUUUGUGUCCUAACUUCUUAACCUGCUCAAGUCCGCAUCGGCCAUUUGGAUGAUCUUUUGGUUGCAGUACAUUGUUAUGCACCUUUUCUUC